CACAGUAGGCUCUAAGUAUCUGGGUGUCUCAUCUUCUUGGAUAAGUGACAUCAGCAUUAAAAGAGAAGAAUCAAGGGAUGGGCUGUAGCUUCAAGAGGUCCGUUGCUGUUUGUAUUCCUGGGAUCUGUUUAUGUUCAAUCUGCUGAGACACAUACCACAUUUAUAUUGGGUUUUCCCUGCUUGAUCAAGAUUACUUUAUAUUUUCCUUGGUAAAUUACUCUCUUCCUCCCAACCAUACACUUUUCUGAUUUUUACAGUUGUUUCUGCCUUUCUGCAAAAUUUGUUUUUUAUCUGGGUGUGAAAGUCCUCGAGACCUGCUAAUGCUGAUGUAAAACCAUGUCAAAGCCAGUGGGACUCUUAUGGCUGCCUUUGAUUUUUACUCCUGUUUGUGUCAUGCUGAAUUCUAAUUUCCUCCUCUGGAUAACUGCUCUAGCAAUACGGUUUACGCUUAUUGAGGGACAAGCACAAUACCCAGUUGUAACCACAAAUUAUGGCAAAAUCCGUGGUGUAAGAACACCCUUGCCCAAUGAAAUCCUUGGUCCUGUGGAACAAUAUUUGGGAGUCCCUUAUGCUUCUCCUCCAACUGGAGAGAGACGUUUCCAACCUCCAGAACCUCCUUCUUCAUGGACUGGUAUACGGAAUGCCACACAAUUUGCUGCUGUUUGCCCACAGUAUCUGGAUGAGAGGUCACUGCUUAAUGAUAUGCUACCUGUUUGGUUUACUGCCAACUUGGAUACUGUGAUGACCUAUGUGCAAGAUCAAAAUGAAGACUGCCUCUAUCUGAAUAUCUAUGUACCAACUGAGGAUGGAGCCAACACAAAGAAAAGCGCAGAUGAUAUAACCAGUAAUGAUCGUGGGGAAGAUGAAGAUAUACAUGAUCAGAACAGCAAGAAACCAGUGAUGGUCUAUAUUCAUGGUGGAUCAUAUAUGGAAGGUACAGGGAAUAUAGUUGAUGGCAGCAUACUGGCAAGCUACGGAAAUGUCAUUGUUGUAACCAUCAACUACAGGCUAGGGGUUCUAG